AUGUCGGAUACAGGGAGCACUCAAACCAUGGAAGACGCAAUUGAGUUCAUCCCCCCAGACCCCGAUCCAUCCAGUGGACCCCCCGCGGACCAGCCGGCCCCGCGUCGUCGUACACUGGAUAUGAUUAGAGAGGAUGUGACUCUUCGAUCUAAGCCGGAUCCAGUAGGUCCACCAGAGCUGGUAGACCAGCAGGAUCAGUCCCAAUCCGAUGAGGGUGCCAGCCCUACCAGACAAAGGACACGGAGAGGCUUUAGGAGGCUCAACUGCCUAUGGUGCAUCAAAUCCCCGGACCCCUCCAAUGAGGAUGCAAGGCCUGCCAAUGAGAAGCGGUUGGCCGAUUAUUGGAGAAAGGCUCGUGGAGUUUUCUCCAGAAGCUCAGUGUUGAGGCCCGAACCCGAUGCCAACAACCUCUUCCCGAUCGUGAGAUCGAAUACACGCUAUGAAGUCCAACGGAGGUCCAGAGAGGGCUCGGAGAAUCAUGAACAAGUGGUGCAAGAAGAGUUGCAUGAAUUGUUUGAUGGACACAGGAGAAGGUUGUCGGGGCAUCAUCAAGGGACGCUGAGAGAUCCACCUGAUCCGAGCAAUCCAGAAACACCACCCAAACCGAUUCCGAAGAAUAUUCGAGGGGAAGGCCAGGAAAAUGGAGACGGUUCUUCUCCAACCCACCACCGGCCUUGCGAGGUGCCAACUUGUGCCAUCUGCCAUCCUGCUGGCGGUGUACAACCUAGUCCCGACAGUCUAUCAAGUGACGCGGGUGCUUCAAAAAACGACGCGUGCUCUACGCACCUUGACAAUGUUCCCCCAUCGUGCCCACCCUCCAACGGGCCUGCGGGGCAUUCUGGUACCGCUCAAGUUGCUGAUCCGAGGCUGUCGUAUUAUGGAGGCGGGAUCGGUAGCUCAAUGGACGGAAAUGACGCUGAUGUUUCUGGCACAGCUCAUACCGAAUCCGGAGUUCCCGUCCCUAAACCCUGGGCGAAGAGGAAUUGUCAAGAACCUUGCAAGAGUAUCCAUGAGGAUUCCUAUCCACCAGUGGACGGCAGUCACUCGGGCUCUGGAGCAAGUAGCAGCGAGAAACGAGGGAGGAAUCAGCACCGCUCCAAUCUCUGCCGCGAGGUUCGAUAUUCUGAUACGGAACCUGAGGGGGAGGUCGCCAAGGCGGUCGAUGUCUCGCGUGCAGAUGAUGAAGCCAGACCAUCGCAGAGCCGGCCUGAGAUUAGUGAAGGUGUCCGGGAAGUAGAAUCUGACAGCUCUGGUUCCGCCGAGGGUCCCUUGUCGCAAAUCGUGGUCCUUGAUGGGGAGGCCGAGGUUGAGGCUGGCGGGCCCGGCAGUCGGGAGCCCAGGCAGGGCCGACCCCUUGAUGCUGGAGGCGCAAGCCCCCGUUCGAUUGAGGAAGAUGAGCACAACUCUCAAGAUGCCAGCAGGGUGCCAUCCCCGGUGGACCUUGAGCGUGCACUGAACGAGGUGCUCGCAAGGAUGGAUAAUGAGCUCAGUACGCGAUCAAGGGUAGAUAAGGGAAAGGGGGUAGACCGAGGGUGAUUUGAGUCUCUUUCAAGGGCGAAGGUAGCGCAGCAGUUCUAGAUGGGAAGUGAGGGUGGACGAUAGGUGAUGCAUCAGUAUCAACAGCGGGUAUGUUUGUCAGGCAACGGCGAAUUGUAUUUUAGCAGAAGAGAAAGCGUAGC